AUGCAAACUAAAGCAGGAAUAAUAAAAGUGAAGAAAUACAGGCAACCUGAAAUAAUUCCAAAAGAAUACACGAGUGUUGAAAAGGUAUUAGCAGAAGGAGAAGAUGAUGAGAGAAAAGAGACAGUUCUCAUAAAAUGGUGUGCUUUACCAAUAGAACAGAGUACAAUUGAAUUGGUUGAAGAUGUGAAAGAGUGUAUGAAUUACACAAAUGAAUUACAGAAGUACAGGGAAAGAAAGAAAAUGAGACACUCAAAGUAUCCUAUUGAUUGGAGACCUGACAAAAGUAAGCAGGCCAAAUACACUGAAUCACCAGUCUACAAGAAUGGGAAUAGAUUGAGAACGUAUCAAUUGGAAGGUGUGAAUUGGUUGAUUAAUCGUUGGUAUUGGAAGACAAGUUGUAUUAUGGCUGAUGAAAUGGGACUAGGAAAGACUGUUCAAUCAGUAUGUUUUGUAGAUUGUUUAUCUACUNAAAGUAAGCAGGCCAAAUACACUGAAUCACCAGUCUACAAGAAUGGGAAUAGAUUGAGAACGUAUCAAUUGGAAGGUGUGAAUUGGUUGAUUAAUCGUUGGUAUUGGAAGACAAGUUGCAUUAUGGCUGAUGAAAUGGGAUUGGGAAAGACUGUUCAAUCAGUAUGUUUUGUAGAUUGUUUAUCUACUGAAUUCCAAUACAACCACCCUGUGAUUGUGAUAGCACCAUUGAGUACUUUGGUGCAUUGGGAAAGAGAAUUCAAGGCAUGGACUGAUUUGAGGGUAUUGAUGUAUCAUGGUACAGUAGCAGGAAGAGAGAUGUUGGCUGAAUAUGAAUUUACCAACAAGACAGGAAAUAUCAAUGUGAGACUAUUUGAUGUGAUAUUGACGACUUAUGAGAUGGCAAUGAGUGGAAUGGAUCAUUUGAGUCAGUUUGAAUAUUCAGUAGGAAUAGUGGAUGAAGCACACAGACUUAAGAAUCCAAAAUCAAAGGCAGCAAGAAGUUUGAACAGUCUCAAAAUCAAUCAUAAGGUGUUAUUGACUGGAACACCAAUUCAGAAUAACCUGAGUGAAUUAUGGGCGUUAUUCAACUUCAUGGACAGUAGCAAAUUCAGUUCAUUAAGUGAUUUCUUAGAGGAAUACAAGUUGAAUGACAUCAAAGAUGUAGAGAAGUUACAAGAAUUAUUGAAACCAUUAAUGUUACGUAGAAUGAAGGAGGAUGUUGAGACUACGAUUCCACAGAAAGAAGAGACCAUUAUUGAGGUAGAAUUGACGAUAGCACAGAAAAGAUAUUACAGGGCAAUACUGGAGAAAAACUUUGAGUUUCUAGUUGAUUCAGCUAAGAAGAAUGUUCCUAAUUUGAUCAAUGCAAUGAUGGAGCUUAGGAAAUGCUGCAUUCAUCCGUAUUUAUUGAAA